AUGGAUCUCGAUUUCUUCAUUAUGUUCUCCUCAAUAUCUGGUGUUCUUGGUAAUGUUGGUCAAGUUGCUUACGCAGCAGCUAACUCAUUCAUGGAUCAACUAUGUGAAUAUCGUCGACACAAACUUGGCUUGCCAGCGCUAUCUGUCAACUGGGGACCAAUCAUUGGUGCUGGGGUGCUCGAGAGGAAUGCAGUCAUCGCAUCAAUUCUUGAAAAACAUGGUUUUUAUACUCUACAUUACACAACAGGUACAUAAUAUAGGAGCUGUUCAACAAUUAUCUAUUCCCCUAUUGUAAAUUCUCAGAUGAAUAGAAGCUGUAUGUCCAGUGAACUAUAGCGCACACCUCUUCUCAUAUUAUGUGAAAAAGAACCAAUCACAAAAAAAUAAUUUCACUUGCUUGCUUACUAUGUCAGAAAUGAUUAUAAAAGUAAGAAAAAGACAAGGAACAAGGAACAAUACAACUUAGUGGGAACGUCAGUAUAACAAUUGCUUUAUUUUCCAAUACGAAGAUCAUUGUUUUUUAUUUGUCGGAAUCAUUAGAAUAUUAAAUCAUGGAAAUUUUGUAGAAUGUAGUACAUAUAAACAGGCAGCGUCAUGGAAAGUACUUGUUGUUUGUAAUGUAUAUUUACUUGUACGUUUCUUGCUCUUUCACAGCGCAACACAGUCAACCCCUAAAUAAUAAAAAUUAUUAAAUAAUGUAAACAUAAUGGUACUAGAAAAUACAUGCAUGCAGAAACCCUCGCCUUGCUGACAAAACCAUUAUGUUUUCCAAACAUGAAGUAUUGUCAUGGUAUAUAACACGAUAAUUUUAAGAAUAGUUUUUAAAUUGAAACAACCCCCCCCCCCAAAAAAAAAAAAUCACUUUUAUGAGAUAUUUGAUAAAAAAAAUGAUCAAUUUGCCAAACAUAUAUAUGCUAGGUAUGUUAAUAUACGUAAUAUAAGCUUAAAUUUAAUGUAAAUUUCAACCACAAACGCUUCGCAAAACGUUUUAAAAUGUUCUUAAAACUGAACUGCCUUUUAUAGGUAAACAUUGAGUUUGAAAAUUGAAAUAAACUCAUUUCAAAUUCUUUGCUUUCCUCUUUAUUUAAAUAUUUUAAUAUACAAAAAAAGGGUAAGUAAUAAAAAUACACUGAAAUAAUGGGAAAUUCUUUUCACAUUACUAUACGCAACGGAUCGUAUCAGUUUUUAAAGCAAUAGUUAAAACAAACAAUACGGCAAUACUAAAACCAAACUUACCUUUAUUAACGUCGGCGACUUUGCUCCAUCCUUUUAGACGUUUUUAGACGGUUUUCGGCUUUCGAAAAGGUUUUGAAAAUUGCAAAAUCUUGCAAAAACACAAUAUAGUUGCAAGAAAUGUUUGUUAUUUCGCUGUCGUAAUUUGUCAUACAACAACAAAUUUUAAAUUUGACCAAUCAGUGUUCGCUAUUGAUGACAGUCCGCCAUAUAUUUUGAGAUUAGUGAGGAUGACCACCCACGUUGGUCACCCACGCCCGCGAUCACUGAUCAAAAGAAAACAUCUCGAGUACCUAGCUAAAUUUGAAGACUCACUCAGCAGUAACCCCAAGCAUUUUUUGAGCUAUCACAAAGCCAUUCUCCAUCAUCGGACUAGUCCAAGCACCAUAAUUAUAUAUGACGGUGCAACAGCUAAAACUGCAUCAGAAAAAGCGAACCUUUUCAACGUUCUCACAUCCAAGCACUGAUAAUGUCAAUGAAGUUACAUCAAGCACUCAUUUCCUUUAAAGACGGACAUGCUACUAUCCAACACAACCCUUUGUGUCGAAGAGGUCUCGGAUUGUCUAAAUUCCCCGGACACAACAAAAGCCUGCGGCCCAGACGGGAUACCCUCUCAGCUCUUGAAGGAAUGUAGUCAACAAAUUGCACUAAGUCUUUGUACCAUCUUCAACCACUCUCUCAUUUGCGGUCGCUUUCCUUCCGAGUGGAAAUCUGCCAACGUCACGCCUGUCCACAAGAAAAACUCCAAAGAACCAGCCAAAAAUUAUAGACCUAUUUCCCUGCUAUCAAUUGUGAGUAAAGUCAUGGAACGCUGCGUCUACAAUCACAUGUACGCUGACGUUAUUCAAUUAAUUUCUCCACUACAACACGGAUUUCUGAGAAAGCGUUCAUGUAUAACACAACUGCUCUCGGUACUUCACAACAUUGGUCAAAAUCUUGACAAUAACACCCAGUCGGAUGUUUUGUGCCCCGAUUUUGCCAAAGCAUUCGACUCGGUUGACCAUCAAAUACUUGUUGAGAAACUAAAAUGCUACGGCGUGGCUGGACGACUCCUGGACUGGUUCACUGACUACCUGAACGGUCGAACUCAAAGGGUUGUGAUCGACGGUGUUGUAUCCCAGUGGGUCCCUGUUACCUCCGGGGUGCCUCAAGGAAGUAUCCUUGGUCCCUUAUUAUUUGUUAUAUUCAUUAACGAUUCCCUGAAAUUAUUCCAAAUGGUACAAAUACAGCACUGUUCUCGGACGAUACCAAAUUACAUCGAAACAUCUCGUCUCUGACUGACUGCGAGGGUUUACAGCAAGCCCUCAGCAACAUUAACAUCUGGAGCCAGCAUAGCAAUACGAAAUUAAUUCAACAGCACAAAAUGUAAAGUUCUCACCACAACACGCAAGCAAAAUCCUGUGGUAUACGAUUACCAACUUGGUUCUGGCAUAUUAACCCGCGUUCAGCAAGAGAAAGAUCUUGGAGUUACUAUAUCGUCCAAACUCACCUGGCAUCAUCACAUAUCUGUAAUUGUUGCAAAGGCAAACAAGUUAUUAGGUCUUCGUAAGAGAACUUGUCCACUGUUAACUGAUAUUCAAGUGAGACGGACAUUAUACUUAUCUCUUGUCAAGCCACAGUUACGUUAUGCUACCAAUUAAGUUUGGUCCCCGGCGCAGGACAUGCUCAAAACCAAGCUUGAAAGAGUACAGAGGCGAGCUACCAAAGUGAUCUUCGGUUACAAAGGCAAAGAAAUGUCUUACCACCAGAGACUGCAGUUGCUCCACUUAUUGCCUUUAUAAACCUUUUUCUACAAGGCCCUAUAUGGGUACAUCGACGUGAACGUCAAUAAAUAUAUUGCAUCUAUAGGCCAUGGCCGCACCAGACACAGCCAGAUUCCUUUAGUUAUGAAAGCUCCACAUUGUAAGACAAACGCUUUUCAGGCAUCCUUUUACAACCGGAUUGUCAAACACUGGAACACUAUUUGCAAGUCAGCUCCUGUGCAUGGCUUUUCCAACAUCUCAUCAUUCAAACAAUUACUCAAGCAAACAUACCUGACCCUAUUCAAUGCAUCCUUUGACAUAGACUUCCCGUGCACCUGGACACUGUCUCGUGACUGUUCUUGCCAUUGAGAAUUGGCUUUACAUACAGUAUAAUUUACUAUUUAGUCUUAUGUUGACCUAUGUUAUUUUAAUGUUAUACCUUAACGGGAAGGCGCCUCGCAUGGGUACUUCAGUUCCGUUCGCGUCUUUGCCGAUCGGCUAUUUUCAAAUGUAUCCGUACAUAUUUAUAAAUAUUAACCAAUAAAGUUGAAAAAAAAAAAUGAAAAAAAAAAGAACUUUAAUGAUGAUCACUGAUGAACGCUAAUGCUUUCGUUUCCCCAGGUGUAAAUAGCCAGGCGGAAUUAGUACCCUCGCCCCCGGCCUUAUGCCCGGAACGGCGCACCACGCCGUUGGCUCGGGGAUAAUAAGCAAAUUGAAAAUAAUGCAUUUUCGUUUUAGCAAUUGAAUUUCUAAAACGUGUCCUACUCGAGAAUACCAACGAAGCUCAAGUUUGCCUAUCUGCCAUGAAUUGGCCAGUCUACCUCCAGAAUCAUGCUUCUCCAAGACUGCAAAUGAUCCGAGAAAAAACAUUGGUAGCCAUUGAAAAAAACAAAUUAAUGACAUUGGAAGACUUAGCACUACAACCGUUAGAGUUCAGAGUGAAUUACGUUCAAGAGUAUAUUAAACGCUUGAUAUCUUCCUGGUCUGGAGCUGAUGUCGCUGAACUCGACGUAAACGUUGGACUAUACAAAUAUGGAAUUGACUCAAUUUCCGCAACAAAUAUGAAACUUCAAAUCAAAAAUAACAUUGGUGCCAUCUUUGAAGUAAGUAGUUUUAAUAUUUUUUAUUACCGAGCAUAACCAACCUCAAAAUAAGUCUCGUCACUUUAGGAAAAGAAUGCUUAUUGUCAGAUACAUGUUCAUCAGACUGAAUAAUUUAUAAAAUUGGAUUAUUUAGUGGUAUAAUCUCAGUUCAAUUACAAAUUGAUCUUGCAUCCAACGUCUAUUCGAUCUAGCGUCAAUAAAACCUUAAUUAAGAAACAUCAGUUGUUUCAGAUGAUGCUACUCUGUCUGGACACACACAGAGUAGCAUUUUUUUCAAAUAAUUCAGUCGCGAUAUCCCAUGUCAGACACAAAACUAUAGUUGGACAGGCUUCUUUUUGCAAGAACUUAUAUUGAAAAACUAUAUAAACUUUAGAAGAUUGCAGUUCGUUAUUAAUCAAACGUAAUAAAUCAAACUUAUAACUCAUUUUCUGUUUUUCGUAUUAAGUUUAAUGUUUGUAACUAACGUUUGAGACCAAUCAAUCAGCUAUAAAACCAGAGGACAAUUUAAGGAAAUAAAAUAUAAAAAAAAACCCAAAGAAAUGAAAACAUCGUAAUAAUCGAUGAAAUUACGAUUACAUUAACAUUUAUUUAUUAAAUAAAUUACCAUUCGAAUUCACGUUUUGAUUUAAUCAAAAUCUUGGGUUGUUAUCUGGGCGAUGCAUAAAGACAUGAUUAGGUUAGCAAAUGAGAAGAAUCAAAAUUUCAAGAAAGCUGAAGUAAAACUUUAUGUAGUGCAAAUGUCCAUGCUUUCCACAAGAAAAAUUCCACUCGAAAAACAGCAUGUUCUCAAUCGGUUAAAAAUUAAAAUUAAAAAUUUUGGUUUCUAAACAUCUUCGAAACCAAAAAUGUGUUUUAGCAACAAUGCACUUCCUUGAUUUGUGUGAUUUUAAUUGAAAAUAUAGUUACAUGUAAUAUUUGUGUGUUAUAAAUUAUUUUGUACAAACACCUCUUGCAAUCUUUGCUGCAUAAUGCUGACACUCUUCUGAACAUUUAUAGACUCACUAUUUCAUUCAACCAAACACGAGUUGUAUAACCAUUAUCAAUGAUAUCCUGGAACAGAUUGACAAGAAAAGUUCAACUUGUGAUGAAAAUGACUCUUCAGAGAAUGAUAACCAAAGUUACCAAACGGAGAGCUUCAUGUUAAAAAAUGACAUUGAAAGAGAAGAGGAAGCAGCAGAAAGCAAUGGGCAGGAGCUUCAGACAGUUAGAACGAACAAAGAGAAGGUUAUCCCACUCUAUGCUCCGGAAGACGCAGUUGUGAAAGUAUUUAUGGUUCAUGGUAGCCAGAGGUCAGCAUUGGCAUUGGCAACAUUUGCACUUGGUUUCCAACAGCAGGUAAUUCUUACACUGAACCUUUUAUACUAGCUAAGUUUUAACCAAAUAGAUUUAGAUCUAAACAUAUCCUCAUGUUUUGUUAAAGUCAUACAUAAUUUGUGGUUAACUUGCAAUUUUUUUAAAUGCAAGACCGUAGUCAUCUUAUACCAUAGAAAAACUAGUUUGGCUCUGCUAAAGAAACCUGCUCCAGUCGCAGAUAUUUAGCAAAAUAAAUAAAAAAUAUCCAUUGCUUCACAUUCAAUCCUGAAACUUUUUUGCUCAUUUAAAAUUGUAAAUUGUUAUUAGGCAAAUAUCGGAAUUUUAUGGUCGAGGAAACUGGGUGCUUCAAAAGAACACAAUCGGGAGGUCACCAUUCCCUUUCCUCUUUCUCCUGUGCUACUCCACAGACAUUGAGAAAACUGAUUCAUUAUCUGUAAUAGAAUAUUGUAUGAAUGCAAAAUACCUGUAUGUGGUUCGGUUUAAUAUAUUGUAUCUUGUUUUAGAUAAAUGUUGCAUUAUAUGGCAUUGGAAUGGACGAUGUGUCACGUAAGAAAAGUGAUUACGGCUCAGUUCUUGCACUCGCACAAAAAUAUACAGAUCUUAUCCAAAAAAUCCAGCCACGUGGUCCAUAUUACCUCGGUAAGUAAUUUCCUGACAAUUUUUUAUAUAUACUGAGUCGUCAUAACCAUAGACUGAUCCCCUUUUUUUAGCGGGCUACUCUUUUGGCGGUACAGUAGCCUACGAAAUGGCAAGUGAGUUAAAAAGAAACAAUGAAACAGUCGCGAUGGUUUUCAUGGUGGAUACAUACGCGUGGUUUCCUAAAGCCUUGACAAACUGUAGGGAAUACGUUACAACGUGCACAGAACAGAACUUGAAGUCAACAAAAAAGCUUGUGGUAAAUAUUAUUAGUAAUGUUAGUAGCUAUUAAUCAUUAAUGCACGUAUUACGUUUAGUUUAUAUUUAGAAUAUUAACAUUAUAUGUUCAGUUGUUUACAUGUAGCCGAGAUAUCAAGAAGUCUGUUAAAUAUCAGAACAUUAUAAUGGCGACGAAGAUAAACGUAUCAUAUUAAACGAAAAUAUCUAAUCUUGUCUAUUGAUGAUGGAAGAGCAGGCAGAGCCUCAACCACUGCAGCAACCGGCUGUACAGAUCAUGCAAUCUGUAACAAUAACUCCAAUCCCAGAAUUUUGGCCAGAUGAACAUUUGGGAAAUUUGUCUGAGGAUGCGCGAGCAAAAUGAGGCACGCAAUUGCGUGGAAUGCACGCAACGCGUGUUUACAAAAAGGAGCAAUUGUAAAUAUUGCCAAAUGUUUGGUACAAAAUAAAUGACUGUUUUAUGUUGAAAAUGGUGGACAUGAUCUAAAUUAAUCAUACAGAAUUGUUUAGUGACGUUCUAUAUCAGUACCCUGCCAUUGUUCCUGGUGUGCUGUCCGUGCACAUUCGAUCUGAAACAAUUGCUACUUUACUGUCGUAACAUUUCGAAUGUUUGCAUGAAAAUAGAGGCAAGUCAUGCAUUUUAAAACCUUGUAAAUUGUAUCAGCCCCUUUUUUUACCCAAUGUAUCAAAUAAAAAUACAUGAAACAAAGAACAUUUUUAGAAAGUUUUAUCGUGAGGCCAUGACCAGUUUUUAAAAUAUCUUCAUAUCUUUUCCGGUCAUCACCAAAAUUACACUGAAGCUGGGCUUGAAUAUACAACAAAUUUUGAAUCUCAUCAAGUAUGAAAAUAUUUAACGUGUAACAAAAAUAUGCUCAUGAAGUGGAAAUUAAGAACUAGACUCUUCUCGAUGCGGUUUUCAUGAAGGAAGUUCACCUUUCGGCCUUUUAUCUUUGGCAAAAAUUUGACCACAACACGUGCGAAGCAACUGUGUCUCGAAGACUUAGCUAAAACACUGUGAGCCCUAGCCUCCUCCCAAGCAUCUCGUGGUACUUACUUUAGAAAGUCGGUGAGAUGCCUGCCAAAACCCGACAUGGUUAAGCCGUUCUGCGCAUCUUGCUUGCGCAGCGAUUUCGUCUCUAGGGUAUGCACGUGAGGAGGAUUUGUCAUCCAAGAUGACGGAUUGCAUGGAGUGAAGAAUUAUGAGAAUUAGUGAAUUUAUAUUAAUACGCUCGCUAAAGGCGGCUGAACGAUUAAGAAUACAGCUUUUUUGGACAAUUGAAAGAAUCUUAACCCGGAAAUUAAAAUUGUUAUCAAAUAAUUUAUAAGUUGUCAGUUGACAUAUAUUUUUGUAUAUCUGUACUCUGUAGAUAGAAAACAAUCAAAACAUCAAGGUUGACAUAUAUUUUUGUAUAAACUGUAGAUGGAAAUAGAAAUCUUGUUGCAAUCUUUUAAAGAUAUUGACAAACUAAAAUUCUGAAAGCACAACCCGAAAGGUGCGUACCUUAUCACAUUCGAGAAAAAGUGAAAAACGCGAUAACCGAAUAUAAAAUCCAGCUGUCAUUGAAAAAGUGCCCGAAAAUGAAGCUACUCCUUGGGUUUCUCCCAUUGUAGCCGUUAUCAAAAAAGUCGGACAGGUUCGCAUAAUUAUGUGUCGACAUGCGGCUCGCAAAUGAAGCUAUAAGACGAGUACGCCAUCAUCCUAUACCAACAUUAAACAACCUUUAGCACUCGCUACAAAAGACUAGUAUCGCUAAAAAAGACUAAACUAUGGUACAAACGCUGCGGUGGAGAUAUUUCAGUACACACUCCAAACUGCACUGCAAGCUCAAAGGCGUCAAGAACAUAGAGCUUAAAGGCGUCAAGAACAUAGCUGAUGAUAUCAUUGUAUUCGGCUCAACAAGAACUGAUUGAACAUGACGCUAAUCUUGACAAAUGUCGACAACGACUUGCAAUAAAGGGCUUACGACUAAACCGAAGCAAGUGUAAUUUCCUUAGUAAUAUAUUGUCAUUUUUCGGACAGGUCGUUUCGAAAGAAGGUACUCAUCCUGACCCUAGGAGAGUAGCGCUAGCUGAUCUAUUAAAUGCACCUCAGCCAAAUAAUGCACAUGAAGUCAGGAGCUUUCUUGGCAUGGCCAACUAUAACAGUAAGUGCAUUCGAGAUUUUGCAACACUAACAGCUCCACUUCGUGACCUAACGAAAAAGGAUGUUCGUUUUGAGUGGACUCAAACACAUCAAACUGCUUUUGAAAAGCUGAAAAACACGCUCGAUUUGCUCCAUUUAUGUCACAUUUCGACAAAAACAAACAAACAUUUGUAACAGUUGAUGCUAGUCCUGUAGGUAUCUCUGGAAUUCUUUCUCAAAACCUAAGAAACGGUGACGUAGACAGUCAACAGAUAAUUACAUAUGCUAGCCGAGCGUUGACUGUCUGAUACUGAAAAGAGAUACUCCCUGACAGAAAAAGAAGUGUUAGUAAUAGUGUACGCAGUUGAACAUUUCCAUUUAUUUCUAUUUGGAAGUGAAUUUACACUAAUAACUGACCAUAAACCUUUAGAAAUUAUUUAUGGCCAACGUACAGCCAAAACGUCUGCACGAAUUGAAAGAUGAGUACUUCUCUGCAAACAAUAUACAUUUAAGAUUAUUUAUAAAUCAGGUGCAAACAACCCUGCAGACUAUCUUUCUCGUCAUCCAACAAACGAAAGCAAACGAAAACAGGACAUGAUGACGGAACAAUACAUUAAUUUUAUAACUCAGAAUAGUGUCCCAUAGGCGAUGACAUUACAAGAAAGAAUCAAUGCAACUAACGCAGACGUGGCACUAACAUGACUCCAUGAUGCAAUUAAAAAAAAUGGGAUUCCCCAAUUGCAAAACCGUUCAAAGCUGUAAAAACGAACUUGUGCCUACCAUACACGGUGUUAUACUUACAGGAACACGGAUUGUCAUUCCAGCUGCUCUACAACAACGCGAAAUGCUGUAGAUAUAACAAUGAGACACACUUAGCAAUAGAGAAAACUAAGUGCCUAGUUCAUGAAAAAAUCUGGUUCCCCCAAAUUGACAAACGAGUCAAAGACACAAUUGCUAAGUGCAACACUAGUCAAGCUGUCGGACAGGCGAAUCUUCCAGAACCACUACGUAUGAUCGAAAUGCCAGAAUUACCAUGGAGAACUGUCCACAUAGAUUUUUAUGGUCCACUGCCAUCGUCUGAAUGUCUUUUAGUGGCGGUAGAUAGAUACUCCAGAUUCCCAGAGGUUGAGAUCGUUCAUUCAACACGAGCCUCAACAGUCAUUCCAAAACUUGACAAAAUGUUCUCAGUCCAUGGCAUUCCUGACACCAUUAUAUCUGACAAUGGUCCCCCUUUUAACGGAGACGAAUAUGCACGAUAUCUGAAAGCCCUUGGUAUUCAAGCUAAGUUUUCAACACCCUACUGGCCCCAAGGUAAUGCUACAGUUGAACGAUUUAUGCGACCGUUAGGAAAGGCGCUCAAGACAGCGACACUCGAAGGACGACCAUGGAAACAAGAAUUAAACCGUUUUCUUUUACAAUAUCGUACCACUCCACAUUGUACUACAAGAGUACCUCCUUCAGAACUGUUGUUUAACCGAUUGAUAAAAGGAAAAUUACCAUUAAUAAACAGCAAGAAGAUUGUCAAUCGACAUAAAAAAGCUUGCGACAAUGAGAAAACACAACAAGAACGCAACCGAGAAUAUGCAAAUCAAAGACGAAACACAAAACAAGUGAUCUACAAGUUGGAGAUUAUGUACUGGUUAGACAAAAAAAGAAUUAAAAACAAGCUAACUGUGAAUUUUAAUCACAAACCUUAUAAAAUAAUAAAGACUGGUUCAGAGAUAAGCACCCAAA